AAAUACAUUACAUAUAAAUAUGUUUGCAUAUAUAAGCCAAACAGGAGUAAGAAGACAUCCAUGGCAUCAUCCGGGCAACAAUAAAUACAGAAAGGGAAAGAGUGCUUAACAAUCUAAAGCAACAUUGAAUGACAGAUUCUUAAUGUAAAGUACCUUGUCUGCCCAAGCUUUGGUCACUCCAGCCACCUUCAAUUUCCAUGGUGUUCCUGGCUGUCUCCCAGCUCCAAGCACUGGUUCUCAGUUUCUGCAAUACUAUUCCAGCCUCUUCUUGAUCCAUUCUAUCUGUCAGGGUUCAAACGAAGUAGCAUUCAGGAAAGGUCAUUUUUCACUCUCAAAUGCAAGUUGGGUCCCCUUCUUCUGCGUGUCCCCAGGGCUCAGUGCUUUUCACAAAAUUCAGCACGAUACUCUUUAAUAAUAUCCUCUUCACUUUCCCACAUCUUCGCCACCCUAAAAAGUUCCUGAGGACUGGUUUCCAACUAAGAUUCCAUCAAACCUUGUGUCAUGAGCACGUGCUGUUUAAUGUCUGAUGAUCAACAAUUUAAAUACCAAGUGUUGGAGUUGAAUGCUAAGCAACUGAGCACAGAAUUCACAAACGUGCCUUAUAAGAAAAUGUAGCCAGUGUUUGAAUGUUGAUCUUUUUGUCUGAGCAUAGGUAAGAAAAAGGAGGGAGAUAGCGCGACGUGCCAAGGCCAGCAGCACUCGGUUUAAGCCUUAAACCUUCUUCAAUACUUUCACAGCAGCCGCUCUCAGGUUACAUGUAUUUAACCAUUCUUAUUAGUUCUGAAAACGUCCCUCCCUUUAAAUACUUCUACUGUAAAUGAUACUAGAUCUUAGUGUGAAAGUCGUUCUUGAGACCAACUUAUAGCCACAGGCGAGCAUGAAAUGGGUUUGCCUGCGCGAGUGCAGAAACCCGCUAGGCCUCUGAGCGUCGCUGUUGACCACCUAAGGAGUAAAAGACAGCCAACCAAUCCCACUGAAGGGCUGGCACAACACAAAGGGCUGGCGGUUUGUCCGCAGCUUCCGGUCAGAGGAUGCAAGGAAAUUCAACCCAGCCGCCCGUUAGUUCUCUCUCCUCGGUGACCUGGGACUGGUGAAUACUGGUCGUCCCAGACCCUGGGGGAUAAGGACUGGACUCCCUCACGGUGCUGGAGGCUGGUUCGGAGGAAACUCGGCUGCAGAGGGGCAAUGGCGACGCUGCAGAAGCUGCCCCGGUGCAGAAUGCUGGUCCUGCUGUGCGCCCUUUGGGCCGCCCUGUGGGAGGCCAGAGCUGGACAGAUCCGCUACUCCGUGCCAGAGGAGAUCGACAAGGGCUCCUUCGUGGGCAGCAUCGCCAAGGACUUGGGGCUGGAGCCCCAGGCUCUGGCAGAACGAGGGGUCCGCAUCGUCUCCAGAGGUAGGUCACAGCUCUUUGCUCUGAACCCGCGAAGCGGCAGCUUGGUCACCGCAGGCAGGAUAGACCGGGAAGAGCUUUGCGCCCAGAGCGCGCCCUGUCUGAUGAAUUUUAACCUCCUACUGGAAGAUAAAUUGACUAUUUAUUCCGUAGAGGUGGAGGUAACAGAUGUUAAUGACAAUGCACCUCGCUUUGGAGUAGAGGAGCCGGAACUAAAAAUCAGUGAAACGACUACACCAGGAUUCAGGAUUCCUCUUAAGAGUGCACAUGAUGCGGAUGUGGGCGAGAACAGCCUCCAGAAGUAUGAACUCAACUCAAAUGACCACUUCCUGGAUGUGCGAACUGGGGCUGAUGGAAACAAGUACCCAGAGCUGGUGCUGGAGCGUGCCUUGGACCGCGAGGAAGAGGCAGUUCACCAUCUUGUUCUUGUCGCCUUGGACGGGGGCAAUCCAGUGCGAUCCGGCACCUGCCGUAUCCGCGUGAAGGUCCUGGAUGUGAACGACAACGCUCCUGUUUUUACACAGCCGGAAUACCGUGUGAGCGUUCCUGAGAAUAUGCCUGUAGGUACCCGGAUACUCACAGUGACAGCCACUGACCCUGAUGAGGGAUACAACGCUCAAGUGACUUAUUUUCAGGAGCAAGCCCCUGGAGAAACUGCAGAUGUAUUUGAGCUAAAGUCAACAUCUGGCGAUAUAACAAUCACAAAAAGUCUGGAUUAUGAGAAUGCUAAAUUCCAUGAAAUCGAUAUCGAAGCUCAGGAUGGCCCAGGCCUUCUGACCAGGACGAAGGUUGUUGUCACUGUUCUCGAUGUCAAUGACAAUGCUCCGGAAUUUUACAUGACAUCCGCCACUGCUUCUGUUCCUGAAGACUCUCCUCCGGGAACGGUAAUAGCACUUUUCAAUGUGCACGAUAGGGAUUCUGGGCAGAAUGCCGUUGUCACGUGUUCACUUCCUGAGAGGAUUCCUUUCAAGUUAGAACGCUCGGUGGACGAUUACUACCGACUGGUUACAACCAGCGCCCUUGACAGGGAAGAGUUCUCCUUUUACAACAUCACUCUAAGUGCUAAAGAUGGAGGGAACCCAUCUCUGUCCACAGAUGCCCACCUUCUACUGCAGGUGGCAGAUAUCAACGACAACCCGCCCUCCUUUUCCCGGGGGUCCUACUCCGCCUACAUUUCUGAAAACAAUCCCAGAGGCACCUCCAUCUUCUCAGUGCUGGCCUAUGACCCUGACAGUAAUGACAAUGCCCAUGUGACCUACUCUUUAGCUGAAGAUACCUUCCAAGGGGCACCCCUGUCCUCCUACAUCUCCAUCAACUCUGACACUGGAGUCCUCUAUGCUCUCCGCUCCUUUGACUACGAGCAGUUCCAAGACUUGCAGCUGCGGGUGAUAGCAGUGGACAGCGGGAACCCUCCACUGAGUAGCAAUGUGUCCUUGAGCCUGUACUUGCUGGACCAGAAUGACAACAUGCCUGAGAUCCUUUAUCCUGCCUUCCCCACAGACGGGUCCACUGGUGUGGAACUAGCACCCCGAUCUGCAGACCCUGGCUAUCUGGUAACCAAAGUGGUGGCAGUAGACAAAGACUCAGGACAGAAUGCCUGGCUGUCCUACCGCCUGCUCAAGGCCAGCGAGCCAGGGCUCUUCUCGGUGGGGCUGCACACGGGCGAGGUGCGCACUGCGCGGGCCCUGCUGGACAGAGAUGCCCUCAAGCAGAGCCUGGUGGUGUCUGUUCAGGACCACGGCCAGCCUCCUCUCUCCGCCACGGUCACACUCACCAUAGCAAUAGCUGACAACAUCCCUGAGGUCCUGGCUGACCUGGGCAGCAUCAGGACCCCCGCCAACUCUGAUGAUUCCGAACUUACACUCUACCUGGUGGUGGCGGUGGCUGUGGUCUCCUGUGUCUUCCUGGCCUUUGUCAUUGUGCUGCUGGCGCUCAGGCUGCGGCGCUGGCAUAUGUCCCGAAUGCUUCAGGCUUCAAGAGAUGGAUUAGGGGGCAUCCCUGCCUCACACUUUGUGGGCGUGGAUGGGGUACGCGCUUUCCUGCAGACCUAUUCCCAUGAAGUCUCACUCACUGCAGACUCAGGGAAAAGCCACAUCAUUCCUCAACCAAACUAUGCAGAUACUCUCAUCAGCCAGGAGAGCUGUGAAAAAGCUGAUUUCCUUUCAGCACCUCAGUCUCUACUUGAUGAUAAAAGAGAAGAAAGUCCUCAGGUAAUUGUUUUGCAAUAUACUCACAUUGUUUUGCUAAAUUUUACCUAUUUAUUUAGUUGCCCCGGGUGUUUAAUAUGUGUGUUUUAUACCCGUGUUUCCUUGAAGAUAUAUUUAAGUUUAAGUGAAUCCAGGUGAACUAUUCCUAGGUAGUUUUUAGUGCUCAUGGGCUAUAAGGAAAGUUAAAAAUCAUUAUGGAAUGAACAAAAAUCAUGGAUUAGUAGUUAAUGGUAACAUUUAGAUCAUCAAAAGAAUACUGUUAGAAACUGGGCUGGUUUCUUAACUUUUCCAUCUGUGGGACAACCAUUUCAUGUACAUGAAUCAAUGAUUCUUUUUAAAAACAGAAACGUUAGGGCUGGUGAUCAGUUGUACUGUACCUGCCUAGUAUUCACUGGGCCUUGAGGUGGGUUCCCAACACGGCAAUGUAUGUAUUAUAUAAUGUGUGGGGGCUAUAUGCAAUGCAUACAUGGGAUUUUGUAUUAAUUGAAGACUCUUCUUUAAAAUGUAAGGUCUGCUUAUAUUUGGAUCUGUGUGUGAAUCAUAAAACAUCUUGGUUGAUUCUUUCUCACUUGAUCUUAAUAUUUCUCCUUCAGAUUUUCGGAGAAGUUGCCCAUUUUCCUUAAUUUGCAUACCCAUACCUGUUUUUAAUGAAGAAAUUUUAUCUAGGCACGGUGGCACACACCUCUAACCACUGUGCUUGGGAGGCAGAGACAGGCAGAUUUCCGUGAGAUCUAAGUCAGCCUUGUCUCCAUAGCAAGCUCUGGGACAACCAAGGCUACAAAGUGAGACCCUGUCUCAAAGACAAAAAAAAAAAAU